UGCCCAAAUAGAUAAACAAUGCCGACGCUGGUUAGACGAGACACGGAGGAGCGAUACGUUUUUACUUCUUUAUUAAACAUUUAGAAACAUUUGCUGGGCACGAGUUUUAUUCCAUACAACAUUUUUACACCCCGCAGAAAGUGUUGGAUCCAGAUAUUCCUUCCAAACUAGCAAGAAAGUCAGCAUGACUCCGCAGGAAGAGGAAGAUAUGUUGCAAACAAGCUAGCAUGAUGGAGGCUACAUCAGAUAAAGAAGCAGCCUGUCACACAAGUGAUGAUCAGGCUAAACUUGCCUCCACCCCUCCCACUGAUCACACCCCAGCAAGGAUGCUGUUCACUGAUGGAUGUUAUGGCAUGAUGGAGGAGGAGGAAAUUGAGGAGGAAGACGCUGCACCCUUAAGAGAAGUCACAACAUCCGACUUAAAUCCAUUGAACAGAGAGAAACCGUUGUUUUCCAGCAGAGUUGAGCAUUCUGGAUCAUGUGUUCCCUUCAAACUAUGUGAUCUUGGUGAAGAGAGUGUCCCCUACACCAUCAACAGAUACCUGAGGGAUUACCAAAGAGAAGGAAUAAGGUUUAUUUACAGGAAUUAUAUCCGUUCAAGAGGCUGCAUCCUGGGCGAUGACAUGGGUCUUGGUAAGACUGUGCAGGUCAUUGGUUUUCUUGCGGCAGUACUGCACAAAAAAGGAACCUGGGAGGAUAUUGAGAACAACAAGCCCCACUUUCUGCAGAGUCAAUCUCCAUCUAAACAGAGGAAGCCAAACAAAGUUUUCCUGAUUGUGGCCCCGCUGUCAGUGCUGUAUAACUGGAAAGAUGAACUGGACACAUGGGGCCACUUCCAGUACGUGGUGGUCCACGGGCUGAAGAAACAAGAGGAGCUGGCUCGCAUUAAAAAGGGCCGCAUGGAGAUCGCUCUCACCACCUACGAGACUCUUCGCCUCUGUUUGGAUCAAGUUAAUGACAUUGACUGGUCUGCCGUGUUUGUGGACGAAGCUCACAAGAUAAAGAACCCAAAUUCUCAGAUCACGCAAGCCAUGAAGGAUCUAGAAUGUCAGGUCAGAAUUGGCCUCACUGGCACCAUCCUUCAGAACAACCUUGAGGAGCUGUGGUGUGUCAUGGACUGGGCAGUCCCUGGUUGUCUUGGCAGCUUAGGACAUUUUAAGAACAAGGUGUCAGACCCCAUUGAGCAAGGACAGAGACACAGUGCAACCAAACGUGCCUUAGCAACUGCCAGGAAGACCGUCAGAGACCUGGUUAAGAAGAUUGCCAGCUGCUUCCUCAGAAGGACCAAAUCUCUGAUCAAGGACCAACUGCCCAAAAAGAACGACAGGGUGGUGUACUGUUCCCUGACAGACUUUCAGCGGACGGUAUAUCAAACUGUGCUGGACACUGAAGACGUGCAAUUACUGCUGAGGUCUUCAGAGAAAUGUAACUGUCAAAGUGGAUACGCUCGAAGGAGAUGCUGUUUUAAGACAAACUCAGAGGGCGUGCCAACAAAGGCGCUGUACUUUACCUACUUGACCAUAUUGAGGAAGGUUGCCAGUCAUGUGGCACUUCUCCAAUCCACUGCAGGAACCAGCAAGAAGCAGGAAAAGUACGUGGGCGCCAUUUGUCAAAAAGUGUUCCAGAAGUUUCCAGACUUUUUGCAGCGGUGCAAAGAUGAAGCGUUUGAGGCCUUGUCUGACCCGAUGUACAGUGGCAAAAUGAAGGUUUUGCAUAAACUGCUGAAAUAUUGUCUGCAAAAGAAAGACAAGGUGCUUCUUUUUUCACUGUCGACCAAGCUACUGGAUGUUCUGAAGAGCUACUGUAUGGCUGAGGGGCUGGACUACAGCAGGUUGGACGGGACAACCAAAUCCAAGGAGCGAGUCCAGAUUGUCAAAGAGUUCAACAGUUCCCCUCACAUAAACCUCUGCUUGGUCUCCACUAUGGCGGGUGGACUUGGUCUUAACUUUGUUGGUGCCAAUGUUGUGAUAUUAUUUGACCCAACAUGGAACCCAGCCAAUGAUCUCCAGGCUAUUGACAGAGCAUAUCGCAUUGGCCAGUGCAGAGACGUGACCGUCCUCAGACUCAUCUCACUUGGGACUGUGGAGGAAAUUACCUACCUCAGACAAAUCUACAAACAACAAUUGCAGAGUUCUGUCGUCGGUAUGGAAAGCGCACGGCGAUACUUUGAGGCUGUGCAGGGCCACGGGAUCCAUAAGGGGGAGCUGUUUGGGAUCAAAAACCUCUUCAGGCUACAGACCCAAGGGACAUGCCUCACUCGCAAGAUACUAGAGAGAGAAGGACAAGUGGAGGCGGGCGUCAUGACAACCAGCACACACACAAGCGUGGAGAUAGAAGAGACGCACAAAGUUAGCGACUCUGGAGAUGCAUCCAAGGAGAGCAUGGAUGCAUCCAAGAUCCCCAGAGGGGUGCUAGACUUUAGUAGCGGGAGUGAUGAGGAAGAGGAGGAGCAGGGAGGUCUUGGCGGAGUGGAUGGCACACGGAGCCGGGAUCCCUCUGCUGGUCCGGGUCCAACCAGUCUCCUUCAGCAGGGGUUCUCCACGCUGCUCCAAAGGCUCAAAGCAGUGCCGGAGUCAAGUGAAGGAGACAGUAGUUCAGGUGGUGAAGAGAAGGACAGUUCAGACUCUAGCAGUAAUAGGAAUUCCAAUAUAGGGGAUCAAAAAUGUCCUCCUAAACUCAAAUCAUGUCAGACAAACUUUGAAGAGGGUGAUAGAAGCUCCUCGUUAGUCAUAAAGAAACAUAAAACACCUGUCCCACCCAAAUCACACCACUUUGACGAGUAUUCCGAUGAGUCGGACGAUUUGGAGAUCGAGAUGGUGACAAGGUCCAAGAGGGAUGCUUUGGGCAGAGGUGAAGACAAAGGGCAAGGUAGAGUAGGAUACAACAGGAAGAGACGUUCCAGCAUGAGGGACAAGACCAGAGUGACAAGGUUCAGUGAAGACAUUGAGACCUUCACCUCUUCAGAUGAGGAGCACACCGGAGGACGUCACUCCACACCUACACCUACGGAUGAAGCCAAAGCGGGGCCCUCAAAGGAUGGGCUCGGAUCUGCAGCAAGCACCAAGAGACAAGUGGCCGUGUCUAACGGUGUCAUAUUCACUAAUCUGAAAAAACAAACAUCACCGGCAAUCACAGGAACCAUUGACACUGUCUUGGGUGGGGUUGAGGAAGUGGCGUACACCCACUCGAACCAGCAUGUGGUGGGCGGGAGCAAAGCCGAGGAGCUGAUCAGCAGAGCCGCCCUCAGAGACGUGUUUGAACGCAAGAUGUACUCCCAACUCCCUGCUAAUGAAUGUCUCACCCCCUCUGAGGAAAGUUUGCCGGCUAGCCCACCAAACCACCAGGCCCUCCUCCCUCCACCGCAGCAUCUUCAUGAGGCCCACCCAGUUACCUUCACCAAAAAGAACAUACAGCACACCGGACAUACUACCUUCAUCUUGGGGGAGACCCCUGUGGCCGUGCGCAGGCAGCAGCUGCAGGAGAUGGCGUCCAAGUUCAAUUUUCCCUCAGCCCCUCAGUUCGCCACCGAGAUCCUCACAAGCGACUCAACACAGAGACUAGCGUUGCUCCGCCGUUUUUACACAGACAUGAACCACCCUGAACUUGAUAGUUUCGUCACCAGCAACUUCCUGCACGCUGAAAUAACUCCAUCUGCACCUGCGGGCCAUCAUGCACCUCCCAAAAGAGCUUUGCAAAAGGAUGCAAGAUCUCGUCAGAAGUGUCCAGAACCUGAAGAGAAGAAGAGGAGGAAGAAGAAGAGGAGCUCGGAGAAGAAUGUGCAGGAGCCUCCAAGUGAUGUUACAAGUGUUGAUACUGAGCAGCAGGAGGAGGCGGUGUGCAGGUCAAAAGGUCAUGGGAGGACAAAGAAGAUUAGUGUGUCUGCUGGUGGAGCAGUCAGAGCUGUUGGUGGUCUUGGUGGGGACCAGGCCAGCAGCAAAAUUGUUCUAGAACCUCUGGAGUCUUCUUCUACUGCAAUUGAUCACGUUAAAGAGCAGAAAGAUUGCGGCCAAGAACGCAGCUCUUGUCACAGGUCCAUUCUAACAGAACUCAUAGGUGACACGUCCAUUCUGGAUGAUUUGUUGAAACCCAAAUCCAGAGGCGCACAGCGCACUGGUUCCCCCCCAAAACCAUCCCCGUCCUCGUUGGCCACAGACUCGGCCGCUCCAUCACCUCCAUCCGGACGCACCAUUAACUUGCGUCCAGGUGACUCUGCGUCACCGCAGCGGUCACAACGCAGCCGCAGAGACUUUUGGGACAUUUUGAAUGAGGGCAAUGAGGAAAGCAUCAACAGACUGACAGACAUGGAGGAGGUUCAGAGGGUUUGCGUCAAUACGACGAUUGCAGCUAGAGCUCAUUCUGUACAGAAGGACAGCAAAAGUCUCUGGAAGACCAACGACAAGUUUUUAUGGAAGAAAUAAUGAUUGUUUUUAACAAAAUGUUGUACUUUUUACCUAUCUUUUUAUUCUUUUACCUUCUUCAAUUCCUUGCUUAUGUUUAAAUUAAAUAUUUUGAAAAGUC